CACACAACGAAGUGUCCCUUCGCAUCACCACCCACUACCUACUCUCACGACCAUCACGCCAACAAACCCCACGCCCAAACACCAUGGCCACCCGCAGAAACGUCAAGGCUGAGCAGCCUGUGCCCUCCACCUCCGAGAAAGCUCCCGAAGCGCUCAUCGCGACCAAGCAACCCGCGUCCCUCAAUGUGCCUGGCUCCGUAGUCGCCAAACUUCUCCUCUUCACGUUCGCCAUGAUCACAGCGCCGCUCGGAACCUACUACAUCUCUGUGACCUCCCUCUUCGUCGGACAAUCUACGGUAGCAGGAGCGCUAGCGGCAGUGGCGGCCAAUGUAGUACUGAUUGCGUAUGUGAUCGUCGCCAUGACGGAGGAUGCGGCCGAGGGCGAGGACAAGAAGUCGCAGUAAUGAAAGAACGGACGGAGCGCAUAAGGACGGGAGCGAGGAUGGGGAGAAAUUGGCAUUGUAUAAAAGGCCCGAGAGCGCGAACAAGCUGGCCCGACGAGGCCAUGAUACCGAUACCACAUUUGUGAGUGGUACUACUACUCCGUAGGCGCGUGGGGGGAUGGCACGAAUAUCAUGUAUACCAGCCAUUAUUACGGUGCGAACACAUAGCACCAAUGGAGGAAACUUCGGAAUGGAACGAAACAUAUCAACGUUCAGCUGAGAUCUCUAAGCGAAGGUUCUCAUUGAUUGGAACAUGUGGCGAAUCGACGAUUCCCUUCGCUCGGAGAUCUCGAUGAUUGCGGAACUGGAGUUGGAUGGUGAUGUGGUUCGUCUUCCUUCCGGGGCG